AUGGAAAGAAAAGGAUACAGCAAGUCACCAGAAUACGACUACCUAAUUAAACUUGUUCUUAUAGGAGAUGCCGCAGUUGGAAAAAGCUCCCUUCUAUUGCGAUAUGUUGAUGAUUCCUUUGAAAAUGCCUACAACUGCACAAUAGGUGUAGACUUUAAGAUCAAAAGCUUAUAUAUUAAUGACAAAAAGGUUAAAUUGCAGAUAUGGGACACAGCAGGGCAAGAACGAUUUAAGCCGAUAACAAACUGCUACUUUAGAGGUUCACAUGGUUGCUUAGCGGUAUAUGAUAUAUGCAAUAAAGAAAGUUUUGACAAUCUAAAAUCGUGGAUUCAUGACUACAGAGAAAACAAUUCAUUAGAAGCAGGCGAAAAUAUCCUGAUUAUUGGCAAUAAAAUUGAUAGGCUAUCUGAAAGAACGGUUAGUCUUCAAGACGUCAAAGAUUUCGCUUGCCAAACAAAGUGCGAGUAUUUAGAAUGCUCUGCUAGAAGUGGAGAAGGGGUUUCCAGUAUUUUUGAAGCUGUAGCAAAGCUGAUAAUUUCGAAAAUGAAAUUUGAAACAUUAUCUGUGAUCGAGCCAAAAACUCAAAGCACAAAAGGAAAAAGUUUAAUUCCUGAAAAAAUUACUAUGCAUUAAAAAUCAUUUUACUUUUAAUAUCAAAAAUACUAUAAAUUCAGGCAUAAUUUAUAUGGUUCAUUUUAUAGAAUAUUUAUAUCUUAAGAAAAAUGUCCAAUACACUAUAAGAAAUCAAGAUGUUGCUAA